CCAGCCGUUCCAACGCCAAAGGGCAGGUUUUUAAAAAUCCAAAGACGGCUUUUAUUAUCUCAAAGGACGCUUUUUCAUACAAUAAAUACCAAAAAAGGAAAUGAGUUCUCAUUUUUAUUACGAUGGACAAGGAAAGAUUGUCGAUGAGCAGGGAAAUGAUGCCAUGGGCUGGGAAAACAAUGUGAGAUUGCAAAUACAGUUAAGCUGUAGAGAAAGAAUUAAGUUCUUCAAUGCUAUAAAUUCUGGUCGCUUAGCUGGCAGUAUUGCCGGACGAACGGUUCAAAAGUGGACUAAAAGACUUAAAGAGGAGAAGGACUGGAAUAUUUUUAGAAAAGCAGACAAACUUGGUGAAUAG